GUGUCCUUAGGAUCCGAAGCAUGUUAGUGAGACUCCGUGGGGUGGAAGGGUCCAUUUGUGGUCGUCGCCGCGUGCUGUGAACGAGAAUGAACGAUACAGACAUUGAACAGAUGGAUCCUCAGAACUUUCUGUAUGGCUGCGAGUUGAAAGCUGGAAAGGAGGUUGUGUUCAACCCCUCAGAUGAUGACUUUCAGCAUCAGUUGUCCUUGAGGAUGGUGUGUGUGGACCCCAGUACAAAGGAUGAGCUGCACAUCGUGGAGGUGGAGGGUCGGGACAAAGAUGGUGAGACGGUCAAGGCGGUGCUGGCCACACUGAAGCCAUCCACCCUACCCAGUGUCUCUCUGGGUGGGUUUGAAAUCACCCCACCAGCUGUCUUCAGAUUGAAGUCUGGCUCUGGACCAGUUCACAUCAGUGGCCAGCACCUUGUCUUGAUGGAUGGAGAUCAGUCAUUUGAUGAGGAUGAUGAUGAUGAAGAGGAAGAGGAGAUGGUGAAAGGAUCCACCAAAAGACCUGCCCCUCCAACAGCAUCCAAAUCUCAGAAAAAAAUGAAGAUGGAGGAAGAGAAUGAUGAGGAAGAUGAAGAUGAUGAGGAUGAAGAUGAUGAGGAAAGUGAAGAGGAAGAAACUCCAGUUAAACCCAAGAAGACCCCAGUCAAGGUCCAAACACCUGCCCAGAAUGGAAAAACCCCCAGUACCCCAGCUGGGAAACCCAAUGCUAAGGCCAAGACACCUGACUCUAAAGGCAAAGAUAAGAAGCCGCAGACUCCUAGGACACCCAAACCUGCUUUGUCUCUGGAUGAGAUCAAGGCUAAGUUACUUGCUUCAGUUCAGAAGGGAGUGAAUCUGCCCAAGGUAGAGGCCAAAUUUGAAAACUUUGUGAAGAAUACGUUCCAUGUGGCUGAUGCCAAGGUUAUCCAGGAACUCUGGAAUUAUAGACAGACAGUGAAGGAUAGGAAGUGAUUUUUUUUUAAACAUUUUAAAUGUUUUUUUUAUAUAAAUUUGCCACCCAGUCUUUCAUCCUCACCUGCCUCUCUAAUCACAGUCCGUCCAGAGCUGUCUCAGAGCUCUGCCACAGUAAGUGGGUUGUAGUUUUUCAGCAGCAGGAGAUGUUGUACCAUCUGCAACUAAAAAAAAAAUUCCUAUUCAAGCUGAUUUGUGUGAGAGGUGGUGAGCUGUACUGAUCCAAGGCCCAUGUAAGCAAUGUCCAGGACUGUGUUUCAAGACUCUCUGUAACUCAUUUGGUGUUUUAAGGGUACUUUGCCAAGUAAUGGAUUGAGAUUGAUCAUGGGACCUGCAGCUUACUUGACUUCCCUGCGAUUUUUGGACUUAACUGCAAUAAAGGAGUGGAUGACA